AUGGCUACAACGAUUCCCGGCUCACUGGUCAACAAGACCAAAAAAUUCUUCAUGGGAAUGCCGGCGCCAACCGGUUACGUCCCGGGAGUGGGUCGUGGUGCAACCGGCUUCACCACUCGAUCCGAUAUCGGUCCCGCCCGUGAUCCCACAGAACUUCCAGAAGCCGGACCAGUCGGUCCAUCACCACAAGGCGCCGCUCCACCGCCAACCAAACGAGCCAGAGAUGAUGAUGGAGAUGGGGAGGAUCUAAAUGAAGCGAACUAUGACGAGUUCUCCGGUUACAGUGGAUCCCUGUUCUCCAAAGAUCCGUACGAUCAGGAAGACGAGGAUGCGGAUCGCAUCUACAACGAGGUUGAUGAUCGAUUAGACGAGAGGCACAGGGAUAGGAGAGACAAAAAGUACAAGGAGAUUGUUGAGAAGUUGCACAAGGAACGACCCAAAAUUCAACAAGGAUUUUCGGAUCUCAAGCGUCAAUUGGCAGAGGUGACAGAAGAUGAGUGGCAAGCGAUUCCAGAAGUGGGAGACAUGCGAAACAAGGCGAAACGCAAUGCACGAGCCGAGAAAUUCACGCCGGUGCCCGACUCGAUUAUCGCGAUGAACAUGAACUAUGGACAGAUGAACACUUCGAUUGACGCCAAUAGUGGGCUAACGACACCGUUCAGUAGUGGAUUCAUGUCAACAUUGGGCGGAGCCAAAUCUGGGAUUAUGACUCCAGGAUGGAAGACUGGAGUUCAAACUGGCACUUCUACAGAUCUGGAUCUAGUGAAAAUCGGUCAAGCUCGUAACAAAAUUAUGGAUAUGCAGUUGACUCAAGUGUCGGAUUCUGUGACUGGACAGACUGUGGUGGAUCCCAAGGGAUAUUUGACAGAUCUUCAAUCGAUCAUCCCUCAAAUGGGCGGAGACUUGCAGGACAUCAAAAAGGCUCGAAUGCUUCUCAAAUCUGUCCGAGAAACCAACCCAAGACAUCCGCCAGCGUGGGUAGCAUCUGCUGUACUUGAAGAGCAGGCUGGAAAGCUUCAAACCGCGAGAAACUUGAUUAUGGAAGGAUGUGAGAAGAUUAAAAAUUCCGAAGAGCUCUGGCUCCACGCCAUCCGUCUUCACCCAUCUGACGUUGGCAAGUCCAUUGUCGCGAAUGCAGUUAGAAGCUGCCCACAAAGUGUCCGUCUUUGGUGCAAAGCUUCCGAUCUUGAGCAGGACAUUAAGGAUAAGAAGAAGGUUCUCAGGAAGGCUCUAGAACAGAUUCCAUCGUCUGUGAAGCUUUGGAAGGCGGCUGUGGAGUUGGAGGAUCCAGAAGAAGCACGUAUUCUGUUGACACGAGCUGUGGAGUGUUGCAGUUCGUCUACAGAGAUGUGGCUGGCGUUGGCAAGACUUGAAACUUAUGAAAAUGCUAGAAAAGUUCUCAACAAGGCUCGUGAGCAUAUUCCAACGGAUAGACAUAUCUGGUUGUCAGCCGCCCGUUUGGAAGAGACACGUGGACAGAAGGAUAUGGUUGAUAAGAUUGUCUCCAAGGCUCUAAACUCUCUUCGGACAAAUCAAGUAGAAAUAAAUAGAGAUCAAUGGCUAAAAGAUGCGAUAGAUGCGGAGAAUGCGAAAUGUCCAAUCACUUGUCAAGCAAUCAUUCGCAAUGUUAUCAGUCUUGGAGUUGAAGAUGAGGAUAAGAGAACCACAUGGCUUGGAGAUGCGGAGAAUUUCGAGAAGGAGAAUGCGUUUGUAUGUGUCAGAGCAGUGUACGCAGUGGCUCUCAAAGAGUACCCAAGGAAGAAGUCGAUUUGGGAUGCAGCGAUCAAUUUCGAGAGGGAGCAUGGAUCAUUGGAUGAGCAUGAAGCGAUUCUUCUGAAGGCUUGUGAGGUGGUGCCAGAGGUGGAGAACUACUGGUUGAUGCUAGCAAAGUUGAGAUUUGUGAAUAAGCGAGUUGCGGAGGCACGAACUACACUGAAAGAUGCAUUCGAGAAGCAUGGACAUCAAUCGGAGAAGAUUUGGUUGGCAGCGACGAAAAUUGAGAUUGAGAGCGAUGAAUUUGAUACGGCGAGAGGGCUUUUCGCAAAAGCCAGAGCCAAGGCACCGUCAGCGAGAGUUUGGAUGAAAAACGCCACAUUUGAAUGGUGUCUAGGCAACCUGGAGGAGGCUAAGAAGCUUUGUGAGGAGUGCAUCAAAGUCUAUGACGAUUUCUAUAAGAUCUAUUUGGUGCUGGGACAGGUUUUGGAGCAAAUGGGAGAUGUUGCAGGGGCUCGGCAGGCUUAUACACAAGGAAUCCGCAAAUGCCACGGCAUCAUUCCCCUCUGGAUCCUUCUCGUUCGCCUCGAGGAGUCGGCUGGACAAAUCGUCAAAGCGCGUGUGGAUUUGGAGAAGGCGAGACUUCGAAAUCCGAAAAACGAGGAUCUCUGGUUGGAAUCUGUACGAUUCGAGAUGCGUGUCGGAUGUCCGGAAAUGGCAAAGGAGAGGAUGUCCAGAGCGCUUCAGGAGUGUGAAGGAAGUGGAAAGCUGUGGGCCGAAGCAAUUUGGAUGGAGGGACCACACGGAAGACGUGCGAAAUCGAUUGAUGCUCUGAAGAAGUGUGAACACAAUCCACAUGUUCUCAUCGCCGCGGCUCGGCUCUUCUGGAGUGAGCGGAAGAUCAAAAAGGCGCGGGAUUGGUUCUUGAAGGCGGUGAAUUUGGAUCCGGACAAUGGAGACGCAUUUGCCAAUUUUUUGGCUUUCGAGCAGAUUCAUGGCAAGGAGGAAGAUCGCAAGGCCGUCAUCAAAAAGUGUGUCAGUUCGGAACCACGUUACGGAGACCUCUGGCAAGCGAUCGCCAAGAAUCCAGCCAACUGGAGACGUUCGACAGAGGAGAUUCUGCAGUUGACGACGAACAAAAUCAAAGUCCCUACAUAA